GUAACUUUUUCCCGUAUUCAUUAAGCAACAAGCCAAGUUAUCAACUUGCCGAUAUCGUUAUCAGUUUCUUAAAAAUGCCACCAGAUGUUUAUUUAUGUUGUGACUUGUGUGUGACCUUUCCUUUGGCUAUUUUCAGGAUAUUGACGUUAAGCGACAAGGAGCAGUGUCCGCGUAUGCAUUUGUUCAGUACGCAGAUAUUACGAGUGUGGUAAAGGCAUUAAAGGAACUAGAGGGGCAAACAAUAGGCUCGAUGAAGAUUAAGCUUGGGUUUGGGAAGAGUAUGCCUACAAACUGUAUAUGGUUGGACAACCUGGCCGAGACAGUUUCAGAGAGCUUCUUGUGUCGACAGUUUAGUCGGUAUGGCAAUGUGAGUCAUGGCAUCAUUGAUAAAAAUGGCGGGAAGGCGUUGGUAUUCUUUACCAAUAUUGACGCCGCACAGUUCGCCCUCAAUGAGAUGCGCAACCGGAUACUCAACGGAAAGAAGAUUAUGACGGACUUUGCCAGCCGGGACUGCCAGAAUAGAUUCUUUGAGAAAAUGGAAAAGUCCGGUCAACUUCAGCCCGGUCAGAGACCAGAUGAGAGGCGGGGCUGGAUCAACAGUCGUCCACAGGGGGCUGAAGGUGGUCAGUGGUCAGAUGGUGGUACUGUGGGUCCUUCCGGGACAGGAGGAGCGACACCAGCAGCCGUAGCUACAGGGGGACGAACAAGAGGGAAUUUCCGACCGUUCGGUAAUAACAGAAGAAUGCGUGGAUACCAUCGUGGUGGGACUGCCUCCUUCAGGGGGCGUGGUCAAGGCUUCAACAAGGAAAACUUCACCGAGGAAGGCUUCAGGCGCCAGAGGUGUGUAGCGAAAUCUCAACUAUAGCAGUUGUUG